UCCUAGGGCAAGUCGUCUCCGCUCACGCACGCCACCCAAAAUUCCCAAUUUCCCGUAGCUUCCUCUCUCGACUUCCUCGGCGCCGCCCCGCGGCGGCGGCGGGCCGGCGGUUCGAGCAGGCGAGGCAUUACUCUCGGUCCCGCGAUUCAGGCCUCUCUCUCUCUGAUCGGCCUCGUCGCCGGCGGCGGCGCGACCGCUGAUGCGGCGCCCAUGGCCGCGGGGGUGCUCUCCUACCUGCGGAGCGUGUGGCCGAUCUCCGCCCUCCUGAAGGAGGACGACCUGCGCGCGUCCGCGCGGCUGAUGCGGGGCCUCCCCGUGCCGGAGGAGACGAAGCAGUUCGUGCUCGCGCUCCGCGAGCCCGACUCGCGGGGCGUGAUAUACAUCCUCGCGGCGCAGAACCUGUCCGAGCGGUCGGCCUCCGACGCCGACAGCUUGAUCAGGCAGGUGCGCCCCAGGGUCGUGGUCACCCAGGUGGCACACACGGCGGCCGACGACGUCCGGGUCGAGGAGGAUUGCCUGGAAGGAGGCGGGGCCGCCGGCGUGCCGGCUUCCCCGUUCCAGGUGAUCAAGAGGUGCGUCACGGAGAAGAGGAGCAAGGAUCAGUACGUCAAGGCCGCGGCGUGCCAGGUCUUGCAGGAGAUUUUCGGGGUCGGGUUCUACGGCCAUCUCUUGGCUGCAAAGAGAGCCGCCGAGGAGGCUGGGUCAUGUUUUCUUUUGCUCGAGUCUCCUUAUGAAAGGAGUUGCAAUGGCGGUGCAUCGGGUAGCCAAACUACUAUGGAAGAAAGCUCAGGUCAGCAAUUGGCGAGCAGCUGCUCGCUCUCUCAAAGUGCCACAGAUUGUGACACAUGUGGACAGGUACAGGGUAGCUGCUUGCUUGCCCAGAGUACCACUUCAAUUGUAAGCUCACGCGUUAGAAAGAUAUGCCUUAUGGAUGACAUUGGGGGACAACUCGUGAAGUCGCUAGUGCCUAGCGUUAAUCUGUUGAUGUCUGAAGCUAUCUCUUCUGAUGGUGUUUCAGAGUGCAAACGGACUGAAUGCAUGCCAGCAAACAGAUACAAGGUUCCACCUUUUGCAGAGUCUGUUUAUCCUUUGCUUGCUGAUCUUUAUGAUAUAUUUGUGGACAUCCCAUCAAUUGGGAAAGCUAUGGCUUCUGCUCAGGAAUUGCUCAAACAAGUUCAUGAUGGGAAGCCAAUUACCAGUGAAAUGCUGUCUGAUGUGUAUGUAUUUAGAAUCGCAAUAGAAGCCCUCAGGAUAGGUUUAAACAACGCUGGAAGAAGCCACAUUGACACCAGAGACAAUCAUGGUUCAAAAGCAUUAGAUUUUUCAGAACUCAGUUCUGAGGAGAAGUGCCAUAUCCUUCUUGUGCAAGCCCUCAGAAGCCAGCUAAGGGAGUCUGGUUCUGUGGUUGCUAUAGUCGAUGCUAGUUGCUUAGCUGGAAUAAGGAGACACUGGGACACCCCUGUUCCUCCAGAGAUUGCACAGUUAGCCAGCAGUUGCUUCAAGCAUUACAGCAAUGGAAAUGAUAGUGAGGAGAAUGAGGUUCUAUCAGUUGACAACACAGAUAAAAAGAGGUGGGUAGCUGAUAAACCUGUGGUCGUAGUUGGUGCAGGAGGAACAGCUCUUCUGGGAUUUUCAUCUUUGUCAAAAACUGUGCAUGCAUCUGCUUUUCUUAAGUUGGCUCCAUAUAAAACACCGAUGAUCUUGAAGUAUGGCUUGAUACAGCUGCAAAGGCAUGCUGCCAUUGUGUUAAGCAAGGUCCUGUCAAAUGGUGUUUUUGGUGCUAGUUCGAAGGCAUCAGUUUUACAACUGACAGCUUCAUCAGAGAAAAUUCGAGCAGUUACGCACACUGUAAUUUCAUCAGCGAAGAGAACUAGCUUGAUGGCUAUGCGAACUUCAUUCUAUGAAAUAAUGCAGAAGAGGCAAAAGCAACCUUUCAGGAUCACUCCUUGGGCAACAUUCGGUUGCAGCAUGGCUGCAUGUGCUGGUCUCCUGAUGCAUGGAGAUGGGAUUGAAUGUGCUGCUGAGGCCGCACCGUCCGUUCCCAUGAUUGCUACUCUGGGACGUGGUCUUGAGAGCCUACGCCUCACAUCCCAGGAAGUGAGGCAAACAAGGGGCCAACAUGUGAAGGAAGCUUUGGGAGGGUUGAUGAGUAACUUAAAGAAAGCAAAAUAAAGGCACACCAAAGUAUAACUGAGACUGUAUAGAUUUUCAUCAUGCAAUUUUGUUGUUAGAUAGCGUUUUUUGUUACCUUCUGUACAGUGCAUUCUUCUUGCUUUUACUGAUAUAAUGGAAUUCCCAAAAUGUGUUUUGGGCAGUUC